AUGACUAUGGAGCUUAUCAUUAUCGGUUUCGGCCCAGUUGCCGGUUACAAGUACUCAAGGUGCAUACACAACGCCGUAUCGGAUGGCCACUUGAGUCGCUAUCAUGUCAUCGACCGAGAGUCUCAGCAGCAACAAGUCGAGGCCCGGCUCGCCAAAUUGCCCACCAAGCCUGCAACAUGCACAUACAUCCCCGAACAUGUGUUGCAAAACGGUCCCGACUCGGGGAUCGAAUGGAUCGUACGGCAGGACAUGUUCACUAAGCCCGGCGUUAGGAGAAAGGUGGUUGUCAUGACAGAGCCACAGUCUCAUGGUGCAUACAUCAAUUAUGCAUUAGCCAAGGGGUUUGACAUCUUGGUCACAAAGCCAAUUGUACUGCCAAUGAAGAAUGGUGUGAUGAAUCGCCAGGCUCUCAUGCCAAGCGUCCACCAUAUUGCUAAAGCGUCGGCCGAUGCCGGCGUACGUACUGCAGUCUUGUGCCUUAGUCGACUGCACGAGAUCUAUGAAGAGAAAGUACGGAAGCCAGUGGCCUUGAUGAUGGAUCGUCUGCAGCACCCUAUCACGUCUGUCCACAUCAAAACUGCCUCGGGUGUAUGGAAUCUCCCUUCUGAGUUUGGUUCGAGAGAAGACCACCCUUACAAGUAUGGCUACGGCAUGCUUAUGCACGGAGCCUAUCACUACAUUGAUAACCUGGCUUGCCUUCUUCUCAUGAACAAGAAGCUCUUUCCCAACGAGGAGUUUGUCAUCGUUAUGCAAGGCUUCACAGCCGGUCCCCACGAUCAGCAGAUGAGGACUGGCGACCUCGAAAAGCAGACGACAGGGUACCGUCCAGAGUUUUCCAAGCUACCAGACGGCCAUCAAUAUGGCGAAACUGAUAUUGUUGCGUCGUUUGCAAUGAAGUUCCGCUCCUCUGGCCGCGUGCUGUGCUUGGGGACAAUUUCCUUGGAACAGACCACGCCUGGUAUACGCUCCUGGGGCCCGUUUCCAGACGUGCCGUACAACAUCAAUGGCAGAAUGCAUUGUACCGACGUCGACGUUAGACUUGGUACAGUUUUCUCAAUUUCUGCCAACGUUUCAAAGCAGCCCAUCUAUGCCCGCCUUGACGACAAUGACCUCCGUGGCUUAAAUGCCGCACAUGUCGUGACAAGAGCCAAUGCUCGACUCGCGCGAACCCAAGGAUUUGUUCGCCACGAGCAUUAUGAGCGCCCCUAUGGCAACUCAUAUUCGUAUUCCGCCGAAUGCGACGUGUUCGAAAGGUGGCUACUCGACAAACCAACUCAGAGCGAUUUUGAAUCUCAUGUUCCCACAUGUGCUAUUCUCGAUGGACUUCUGAAGCUGGCAGCUGAUGACUGGCGCGGUAACGUUGAGAUAGACUUCAACUACCCGACUCCUGAUUGGCCAGUGCUUUCCGAGGAGGAGGAUUCUUGGUAUGGCUACAUGAGCGAUGAUGUUGCAUUCGCUUUCGAGUCCAAACAACGCAAGCCGAUUGUCAAGAACGGUGUCAAUGGGGUGAACGGGGUGAACAGAGUGAACGGAGUGCAUGGGGUGCACAGCGCCAACGGGGUGAACGGGGUGAACGGGGUGAACGGGGUGAACGGGGUGAACGGGGUGAACGGUACGAAUGGAGUUCACCGAGUCAAUGGUGUAAAGGUGUAA